UUCUGACCAUUGAACCGUUGUACCUUUCUCUUGCUUACAUCAGACUAUAUCUUGUAUCUUACCAACCAAUGUCAACUAGAUCGCUAUUCGCUAGUCGGUGAGGUUGAUAUGGCGUUCUGCACCUAUUGCGGCAAAAGUUUCCAACGCAACGAGCAUCUGGAACGUCAUUUGGCGACUCACACUAAUAUCAAACGCUUUAAGUGUUCAAUAUGCCAUAUAUCAUUCUCAAGAGGGGAUGUGCUCCAAAAGCACCUAGCAAUCCACGGAGAUGUUGAUGCCGACUCACCUCCAGGUGUUGUGAGAGUGAGGGCCAGGACCCAGACAGCAUGUCGCAAUUGCGCCAAGAUGAAAGCUAAAUGUGAUUCAAACUCACCAUGCAACAGAUGCCGAUCAAAGAAAUUGACCUGUGAUCGCCAAUCGAAAAGGGCACGAGCAGCAGCUGUCUCGGAUCAGUCGCAGCACAUACGCGUUGACGGUGAUGGCGAAUCCCCGGAACUCGCAAGCAAUCGCGAAAACGAUGAUCUCAAUGAGCCGGGAACUCGUAAUCAAGACGGUCAUAGCGUGGGCCAUCCUGAACCGCGAUACGAGGCUGAGCCGCAGCCACAGCCGCAGCCGCAGAAGGAAUUGGGAAUAUUCAUAAACAAUCGUUCUCUCAUGGAUUGCGCGACCGAAUCGGUAUCUGGUCAAAACAACCUGGUAGCAUCUGGAACUGACCUGGCUCAGAAUGUUCCACCUCUAGUAGAGUGGCCAGCCGCGGAUGGUUGCCAGCAAAUUGAUGCCUCUAGUCUUAGUCACUUUGUUCCUGAAAACCCCACGAGUGACGUGACGACCGGUGUACAAGAUUUUAUUGGAGGCCAAAGCGACCCAGCUAGCAUUAACUUGCAAGUCUCACCUCAAAAUAGUCACGACGGUGGCUGGGACUCGUCUAUCCAGCCAAUGGCCUCAGCCUUAGAGCAUCCAGCUGUUCUCGAAGGUCGAGAUUACUGGUCAUGCUUUCGAUGCAAUCCUACGAAGGACCCCAUUACCUGCCCUAGGACAGCUGGGAUUUUCCUCGAAAGUCUCAGCCAAAUGCCAAAGUAUGAUCGGCUCUGGAGUUGGUUCGAUCUCGAUUUCUCCGGCCCAGCUUUUACAGAAAAGAUAGUCAGUAUGCCAGUGUUAGAAAACACGCGGGACACGUUAUCGGCUAUCUCACAAUCGUUCCUCCAAAAAGCACUCGAAGUUCACAAGUUAGAUCCCGCGGCGGCCUCUGUUGACGCAGCUUCUCCAAGUAGUGACGUCUCCCGUGGUUUUCUCGUUCUACCUCCCUCAGCGACUCUCGAUUAUUUCCUCGGGGAAUACAUGCGUCUAUUCGAACCUUUCUACAAACUUAUACCUGCUGGGGUCUUGGAUGCUAAUUUUCUGUUGGGAGGAAGUAAUAACCGUGCGGGCACGUUAUUAAUAUUGCUUAUGAUCGCCCAAGCGGCUAGUUCAGACCCCACCACUGAGGGCCGUCGCCUUUCAGCGGGCCUGACAGAAGUUUGCAGGAUAUCGCUCUUUGAUUUGAUAGAGAAGGAUGUCUCUACAUGCCACCACUCGCUUCCUGUGCAUUCAGCCUUGUUAUUCAUAACUCAAGCUGUUUGGAGCGGCGACAAAUGGUUGAUGGAUAUUGGCUCUGGUCAACGAGGCAUCUACAUCGCGAUGGUUCGAAGUGGCGGCCUUUUCGAUAUUCGGGACAAUUAUCCGGAUUCUGGUGGCGAUUGGGAACUGACUAGGUCUCGAUGGUUAGAGCGUGAGAGGAUUAUUAGGUUAGCCUACGCGUGGGUUUUACUAGAUCUGGAAAUGAGCUUAUACCAAGACACAAAUCUUCAUAUUCCGGUAUUAGCUAUGAACUCGUCACUCCCCAGUAGCGAGGAGCUAUGGUUAGCUCCUGAUGUCGCCACGUGGCAGCAGCUCCUUACCCGCGACGACGACUCGGGUGUUGGGUCUUAUUCUACCCAACCCCUGCCGCAACCGUCGCUACGUGCACUAUUCACGUGGUUCCUAAACGAUGACCUCACACUGCGGAAACAGCAAUACCUAAACCCCUUGACCCUAAGGCUGCUUCUACAUCCAUUACACGGUCUCGUAUAUAGUUGUCGACAGCUACUUGACUGCCUUGGGGAAAUGGCCUGCUCACGAUCCUUCUCCCCUAUUACCAAGGCUUCUACGCAUGUCCGAAUGCACGAAAUAAGAUCACUGCUGAAUCGUUGGCUUAACUUAUACAAGUUAAGCCUUUCAGGCUCCUGGGGAUCAACGACAGCAGGUGGGAAUGAGACGAGUAAUGAAUUAGUUACAGCAACUCUAAUCACCUAUCAUAUUAUAAAUUUAAACACGGUCGCUAGCAUCCCGGAUAUCGAGGAAUUAGCACGGCGCGAAUUAUCUGACCAGGAACUCCGUCUAUUUUCCCAAGAGGCAAGUUCCUUCGUGCAUAGUCCUAAGGAGGCCGUGUUUCAUGCUGGUCGGAUCUUACAUCUUCUCCGCACCCUCGACCGGAAAACACGGCCGCCAUGGUGGCCAGCAGCUUUGUAUCGUUCAACUCUCUGCUUGUGGGUAUGUAGUAUAUUCUACGGGCCUCUUUGGACUUCGUCGUCAUCGUCGUCAUAUCUCUUGGUCGAUGCCCAAGAAGGAGACAGCCUUGACCCCUAUAGUUGGAAUCUAGUCAGAGGAACUAGCAAGGAUGAUUUCGUCGGUGCACCCUGGGAUUCCCGCUCACCGUCCCUCGUUCCGGCCUUAAAGAAUCCAAUUGGCACAGGAGAACCAGUCACAUUGGAACAUCCAAGUCUUGUCUUGGAAACAUGUUUAUUAGUGUUUGAUACAGGGGUGGCUACAAGGGUCUGCGAAGGAAUUCGGGGCAAGUUAAAUCAACUGUUACGCCGUAGGAAUGCACUGAACAGUAAAUAAAGCCAACUGUCCCAGUCUCCAACUCUUCAGGUACUGCCCCAAGCAAUUUCGAGCCAGAAAAACCCGUUCU